AUGUCUUUUUUCAAAAAUCUUUUUAACAAGAAACAAAAAAAUGAUGAAAAACUAAACAUUGUUUUCGAAGAAGAAAUUACUUUCAAACAUGAAAACAAUGAAAUAUAUCAACAAUGGGAAGAUGAAAUGAACUCCCAUUGGAACGAUAUUCUCCAAGAAAAUGAAAACUCCUGGGAUGAUAUCGAAGAUCGACCCACCUAUACGGUCGAUUCUGAAGAAUUUGAAGAAGGAAAUUCUUCAAAUAGCUUAACACAACCCACCGAAGAGGAGAAUCGAUCAAGUUUUUCUUCUCAAGAUACACUUGUCGAAUCAAGU